AUGGCAAGAACAAAGCAGACAGCGAGAAAGUCAACCGGAGGAAAAGCACCAAGAAAACAACUGUCCACCAAGGCAGCAAAGAAGAGCACAACCCCCGCAGUAGGAGGAAGCAUCAAAAGGCCGCACAGAUACAGAGCAGGAACCGUAGCACUGAAGGAAAUCAGAAGAUACCAGAAGUCCACAGAGUUGCUGAUCAGAAAGCAGCCAUUCCAGAGAAUGGUGAGAGGAAUAUGCCAGGAGUUCAAGUCAGACUCCCGUUUCCAGGGGAGUGCUCUUGCAUCCCUCCAGGAAGCCACUGAAGCAUUCAUUAUUGGUCUAUUUGAAGAUGCAAACGAUUGCGCCAUACACGGAAGAAGAGUGACAGUCAUGCCACGAGACAUCCAGCUAGCAAUGAAAAUACGAGGCAGGUACAGAUAG